AGCAGCAGCAGCAGCCGCCGCCUCGUAGAGAAGGCGUCGCGCCUCCCCCCUGCCCCGGAGGAAGAUGGUCAUCGGUGCAGCCCGCAGGGCCCUGAAAGAUGAAACGGUUUACUCGCCCCCCGCCUUGCCAGCAAACAGAUUGCCAGCGGCCAGCUCAAGCGGAGCGUCGGACGCUCGGUUGAACGUCGCCUGCGCCCCAAACGCCGCGCCCCUGCCGGAAACCGCCAUGGAUGCCCCUCCCCGGGCCAAGAGUUCCGACUUUGGCCUCUCCGCCGCUCCCAGGGAUUGUCGGGAACGCUUUCCUGUGCGAGAAUUCCCCUCGAAGGAGAGCGGCAGGCCGCAAGCCAAAGACAUCUCCAUCUUUCAGUACUCAGUUGGCCAGAAGGAUCUUCUACGAGCAGCUUUAAAGCAAAAAGCCCAGAACGGUCCCGUUCCUAAAGAAGUAAAGGUGCAGCUUUUAGAAGACGCACGUCCCGGAAAGGACGCUCCUGAAGCUCAGCGGCCGGGGCCUUCACCGGCCGGAGUGGAUUCGGCUUCAACCGUGGCUGCGGCCACGGCCGCUGCCAUAGCAACCGCCGCCCCUCUGAUCAGAGUGCAGAGGGACCUGGAAGCCAAAGUGAACUCGGUGUCCGAGCUGCUCGGCAAACUGCGGGAGACGGACAGGCGACUCCAGCGGGCGGCAGAGCGGCAGGCCGGCGUUUCGGAGCGGCGGCGGGAGCGUGACUCUUCGCGUGACCUGGAGGAGCAGAGGAAUGCCUCUCUGGAGAAGCACCUCAGGCACCUGGAAAAGUUGCAGCAGCGGCAACUCGAUAUUCAGACUCAUUUCAUCAGCUCGGCGUUCCGGACGGGCAGCGGGCCCAAUUUGCCGCCUGCCGCCGCGUCUCCUCCCGCGCCCUUGGAAAAGUAUCCCUUGGAACAACGUGCCGUGGAACGGGAAUCUCGGCGGCCGCUUAGCAACUCGGAUCGACACCCCGGAUCGGAAGCUACCGAUCCCUCUGCGGGGGAAGGGUGUCCGAGACCGACGGCAGGCUUGGGGCGUGACAGAGUCGAGUCCCCUCUCGAGACCCCCGCGCCUCGCAGAUUCGCCCCCGUUCCCGCUUCAAGAGAUGCCGGAAUUUCCUGGAGGGAACACCCGGCGGCGGAAAAAGAAGACUCGCACACUCCGGCACCCAGAGGUGGUAUGAGCUUGCUGGAAGAAAUUCUGAAUAAUCAAGACUCUUCCGAGAAGUCCGCACUAAGCAGGCCAAAGCUAGGAUGCUAUCCUCAACGCAGUGGGUUCGCAGAACCAAGCAGGGUUGCCACUCAGCCAAAUAAAUCGUUUCCUUCCCGCGAAGAACUUGGAGCCGCCGGUAGAACCGCGGAGAAAGCCAGUGACCUUCUUCGGGAUCUGGGCCAACUGAAGAGGGAGAUGAAUGGCAUAUUACAGGAAGCCAAACUGUGGAAAUCAGAUAUGAAGGAUUUUAUUAAGCAAAAAGACUGUCCCGGCCCCUCUCGCCAUCCCGAUCCCGGCCCCCCUCGCCAUCCCGAUCCCGGCCCCUCUCGCCAUCCCGACGCCAUCCUGGAACCUCAGGGUCCAGGCCGAUUCCAGUGCACCCGAGCCCCGGAAUCCAUCGUGAAGGAGGCGGCGAGGAUCUUGAAAGGCGUGCAGAACAAUCGAAAGGUCCUGGAAGAAAACCUGGAGGCCAUCGUCCGGGCCAGAGACGGCACGGCCAUGUACUCCCUCAUCAGCUCAUUGGCGGCCAGCAGCGACGCAGUGGAGGAAGUUCGCAUUAGAAAGACGGUAGAUGAGUGGAUUAAAGCCAUAAGUAUGGAAAUUCAGGAUGAAAUGGCAAGAAACGAUGAACGAAAGAAAUUGCAUCGAAAGACUGAAAGGGUAACCCUGGCUGAGAAGACCCAGAUCCUGCAGCAUAGCAAGGUGAAGAAGAAAGGCACAGCAGACCCUUCAAGCAAAACUGGAUUUUCAGGAACUUUUCCUCAGAAUCGAACCGAGAACAGAGCUAGCCAUCAGAAUUGGAGAGGCUUUUCCGUUUCUCAGAAUUCACAGAAAAGGGAAGAAAGAAACGAGGGACUUCGGAAGCCAGCUGCGGCGGAUCAGAGGGAGGACUACCUGACCCAAGUGUACGGCCGACCCGUUUACCAGGGCCACCGGAGCACUCUUAAAAAAGGACCCUACCUCAGGUUCAACUCACCGUCUCCCAGAUCCAAACCGCAGAGACCCAGAGUAGUAGAACGCCUGAAGGGGACCAGGGUGAGGUCAGCAAAAACGCAAACCAGCUCUCGCCCACCGAGGUCCGUGGCGAUGAGUCCGAAGAGGCACCGAGCCCUUCCCGUGCCACGACUCCAAGAUCGGCAGUAUCUCUUCAGCCCCAGCCGAGAAAUGACUUCUCUGACGGGCGCCCUUGAAGGUCACCUGAUCCCUAUGGCUGUGCCUCUGGGAAAGACCCAGAGCGACCGAGUUUCUCCACAUCCCCUUGGAGUGGUGGUCGGCGAACCGCACCCCGUCACCGUGACUACCUCUAUCCCUCCGUCGGUUCCCAAGGCACGGUUCGCGGUCAAGAAACCCAACGUAGCAGUGUUCAAGGUGAAAUCGCAGAAAAAGGAGCCUCCUCAACUCACCGUGCAGGUGUUACCCAACGUGGAUAUCGAUAGCAUCUCAAACGGCAGCGUGGAGGCAAGCGAGAUGUCCCCCAGCCCGGGAGGAGCACUGGGUUCCGUACGCGUCCACACCCGGGCCCCAGAAUUCAGUCAACCUGAAGAUGAUCUUCACUUUCCGGGAACUAACUCCGAUGAAAUGAUUCAUCUCGGACAGGAUCUGGAAAAAGAGGAUGAGAGUCCACCCUGCGCCGAGCCCAUCCUGGAAUUUGAGAAUUGCGCUCGGGUUGUCGCUCGGCAGUAUGAAGGCCCUCCGUUCCCACCUGUUGCUCCUGCCCCACAGCCCUCUGCCGAUAUUCUGGUUCGAGUGAUCGAGAGAAAAGAGACUCUCGAAAACAAGCUGAUCAACUGGGUGGAGCAAGAAAUUAUGGGCCGGAUUAUCAGUGGGCUGUACCCCCUCCAACGGCGGCAGGCGGUGCCGGAUGUCAGUCGUUCCGAGAGCGAGGGAAGUGGAGCCUUAACCUCCGACAUUGGUUUCGUCCGUUACCGGGAGAACGUGGUUGAAGCAGAGGCUUCGUUUUCACAGGGCUCCCGAUCUCUUCCAACCAAGAGAUUGAGCGGGCUCAGUGGGUUAGCUCCCGGAGAUGAAAGUAAUAUCAAAAGGUUCCAGGCCAUCGCGGGUGGGCCGAGCAUCCGCCUCCGUCCGCAGACCUCAGUCACCGCUGUCCCGAUGGCGGGCGGCGGGGGAGUCCAGCUGUUUAUCGACGCCGGCGUGCCCGUGAGCUCCGACACCAUCGGUCGGUUCGUGAACGAAGCCCUGGCGGAGACCGUCGCCGCCAUGCUGGGGGCCCGCGAGAGCCGGCGGCCGGCUGCCCCCGCCGGGGUCGCCUCCUGGACGCCAACGUGGGAUUCUGCCUCGACCACUCCAGGGCCCACUCCACAGCCCACCCCUCCUCCUUCCCAUUCCCGGUCUCCUUCCUCCCAGGAAAAAGAGCCUUCUCCAGUGAAAACUCCAGAAUCGUCUCCCUGCCCUUCGGAGCGGGGCGGGGUUAUCCCUUCGCGGGAGCGAGCGGCAGAAUCAGUCAGAACACCCACCGUGACCCCCGCCGCUACUCCCCCGCCGGAACGUUCCUCGGCUAGCCCGCCGAUGCCCGUCCCGGAGGCCCCCAAGCCAUGGGGAGACGCGGAUCUCUCCUUGGACAAAGAGAACCCCAGCUCCUUUACAGAGGAACCUCGCUACCCAAGAUCAGUUGUAAUGUCGGUGGCGAAGGAUGAAGAACCGGAGGACUUGAUCCCCCCUGCCCCCCGCGACGCGGUUCUAGUGAACCCCCCUCCCGUUGGUCCCAGAACCCCCUCCCCAGCACCCGCCCCCAGUUCUUCUCCGUCAACCCAAGACAGCAGCUCGAGCACCACCUUCACCGAGUCCGAAACUCUGGACAGGCCCAUCUCCGAGGGAGAGGUCAUUUUCGGCACUGAACAUACGGUGGCCGCCCGAGCUGUGGCCGAGGAAGAACUCUCUCUGACCAACCUUAAUGACAGCUCUGGCAGCACUCUGCACGAUGCCCACGAAGUGGACGACGACCCUCCCAGUGAAGGACAGGUGAUUAAGAGGCCUCAUGAAGGAUUCCAUCGAGAUCCUAUUCUGUCACUUCUGACCAAACUCAACCAGGGACCAGUCGCUUCACAGCAGCCAGUCUGUCAUUUGGAGGACUCGGAGAACAGUCUAGGGGAGCUCAGCGAAGGCCAGAGACCUCGACUGACAGCGGCGGCGGAAAGCCUUUUGAUGGGAGGGUCGCUCCACAUGCGUCCGCCUGCCGUCGCUAGACCGCGGGUGGAUCUACCUUGGAAGGUCGACCGAGUCACAGGAGAAGUCCUCGGCUAUCCGGAUGCUAGUCGCGGGCCAAUGAGUGUCGGCGAACUGGAGUCGCGGCCGCAUUCGAACCUUCCUCCUCCUCCUCCCGCUCCACUUCCUCGUGCCCCUCAGCCCACGCGCGGAAACGAGAUUGACUUGCCGGAUGAGCCGCGAGAGUUUUCCCAGGAAAAGCAGGAGAAGACGGUCCAGCAGAUUCUACCGGCCGAGCGCAAGUCAAUACAAGCCCGUGUCAUUCGUGUAAGAAAUAGAUCCGAAACUUCGCUGUCCCACCUACGAGGAGAUCUGGAUCGGACACACGUUGAGCCUAACGUCUGCCUCACGCCUUUGCUGGCAGGUGGGGAAGCCAUGCCGCGCUUGAGCUCCCGGACCUCGGCCGCCAAGUUGACCGUGACACUUCCGCCGGCAAACGUGGACGACGGUUCUGUGAGCAUCGGUACCGCGUGCGGGGAUGGGGACUCGUCGGGGGCGGAUACGUUUUAGCCACGUCGUCCCCGAUGCCCAAAUAAAGCCACGGGGGCUUUCUUCAACCUCUUCGUUUACCAGACUGUCUAUUCGGACACAGGAUAAUCUUUGCCUUUUUCUCUUUAUCCUAAUCUUUUUUAUUAGGGGGGGGGAAAGCUAAGAGCGCCCAUGUUCCUGUUUUAAAUAAAAGCACUUUUAACCAUGAAA